CGGAAGAGGGGCGGAACCUAAGCUGCGCGCCCAAUCGGUUGCGACGCCUUCGUCCUGCCGGGCGACUCGUGGGAUAGCUCGCUCUCAGGCACCAGCGCUAUGGCGUCGGGCUGCAAGAUCGGCCCGUCCAUCCUGAACAGCGACCUGGCCAACUUGGGGGCCGAGUGCCUCCGGAUGCUAGACUCAGGGGCCGAUUAUCUGCACCUGGAUGUAAUGGACGGGCAUUUUGUUCCCAACAUCACCUUUGGUCACCCUGUGGUAGAAAGCCUUCGAAAGCAGCUAGGCCAGGACCCUUUCUUUGACAUGCACAUGAUGGUGUCCAGGCCGGAGCAGUGGGUAAAGCCAAUGGCUGUAGCAGGAGCCAAUCAGUAUACCUUUCAUCUCGAGGCUACUGAGAACCCAGGAGCUUUGAUUAAAGACAUUCGGGAGAAUGGGAUGAAGGUUGGCCUUGCCAUCAAACCAGGAACCACAGUUGAGUAUUUGGCACCAUGGGCUAAUCAAAUAGACAUGGCCUUGGUUAUGACAGUGGAACCUGGGUUUGGAGGGCAGAAAUUCAUGGAAGAUAUGAUGCCAAAGGUUCACUGGUUGAGAACCCAGUUCCCGUCUCUGGAUAUAGAGGUCGAUGGUGGUGUAGGUCCUGACACUGUCCAUAAGUGUGCAGAGGAGCUAACAUGAUUGUGUCUGGCAGUGCCAUUAUGAGGAGUGAAGACCCCAGAUCUGUGAUCAACCUGUUAAGAAAUGUUUGCUCAGAAGCUGCUCAGAAACGUUCUCUUGAUCGAUGAAACCCCAAGGAGCCCAGUGUUUCUGCUCAUGAAAUCCCCUUUUUUCCUGGAAAACAGGAAUAUUGACUACCAAAUCGUAUUGCAGUUCAGGCAGUACUGCUUUUCUGAGCAAUUUAUUCAUUCCAGUGAUUAAAAUCUAUUGUGCAGAUUCUAGGUUAGAAAUCGAUGUGUAUAACAACAUUCUUAGUGAUGCAAUUUGAAGAUUAGUGAAGUGAAAUACUCAGUUUUUACUGGGAUACUUGAUUUUUAUAAAGAGUAAAAAUAUGACUGUAUUAAGGAUACAAACAGAAAUGUGUCUUAAUGCCUGAGGGGGGCAUAUUAGCUACAGGAUAAAAACAAUUUUUUUUUCUGUAUUUCUAAAAAGAAUUUUGUUUUCUCAGCUGUUUUCCAAAAGCAAAGGAAGUCCUUACGUUUGUGAUUUGUUCUUAUGCUUAAUAAUAAUAAGUAGCAUGGAAUUUUAAAAUAAGUUUGGGUGGGAUGGCAUAUCAUAUUCUUGCAUCUAAAAACCAUCACUUUUCACCUUUUACUUAAUUCGUAAAAACUAUAAAAAGUAUAUGAAACCGAGGAGUUCUAAAAUAUAAGCAAAGAUUUUAUCAAGGUGU